AUGACUGGAGAGGGUGCAUCAAGUGCCCGCAUAGCAGGAUCUGCGGAACUGGAGGCCUUCAUACGCUUCCAGUGGCCCCUGGUGCGCCCCUUAUUAGAGUACCUUCUAGAGCUGCAGCUGCGGCGGUUCGAGGAGAGCAGCGGCGUCGAGGUCGGCCCGGCGCGGCCGGUCCUCCUGGACGGCGAGGCCCUGGACCCCCUGAUCCAGCGCCUCAAAGGCUACAUGAUCGGGUUCGACGCCACGCCCUGGACGGCGCAGCGGCUGGCUGAGCUGCUGCUGGAGCCGGGGAAGCAGUACAAGCAGCUGCACAAGCUGGCCCUGGCGUUGGAGAAGCUGCUGCUGGUCUCCAGCGGCCUCCCCGCAGCGCAGGAGCCGCCGCCGCCGCCGCUGCUGUCAGCGCUGCGGCCGGUCAACGAGAACCCGCCAAAGGCCGCGGGCGCGGCGGGCAGCGGCGCGAAGCGCACACGAGAGGACGAGGGCACGGGCAUGGGGCUGGUGUCGGCGACGCUGGGGAUCAGGACUGCGCUGACACCCGACGGCGCGGUCGCCACUAUGGUUGCUAACGGCGACGGCCGCGGCCCUGACAACGCCGACGGCGCCAGCGGAGGACCCGACGGGCCCGAGGACGCAAAGCGACCGAGGACUGUGGAGGGGAGCGAUGGGCCGGGCGCAGAGCAGCGGCAAGAGAGCUCGGGGGCGGAGGGCGGCCAGGAGGGCCAGCAGCAGGAGCAGCAGCAGCAGCGGGAGCAGCAGGAGCAGCAGCAGCCCGAGGGCGAGGGCGGCGAGCAGCUCGUGCCGGAGCAGCCCGGGGCGGAGGGGCAGGAGCAGUCGCAGCAGCGGGAAGAGCGGGCUGCGGCGGCCGAGCAGCAGCAGGACGCGCAGCUACGGCCGCAGCAGCAGGCAGGCGCGGACGGGUGA